GUGGAUCAAUUUCCCCAGCUGCUUUAACUGAUAGAAGAAAAUCACAUGAAAUACAGAUGAUGCAGAUGAGAGUGGAUUUGCAAAGUGAAAAGAUUGAGGAGUUGACAAAGGAAAGGGACUACYUAAAAGAGCAGCUGGCAUCAGCUCUGAAAAGAACUGACAGUAGCUCUAAAAAGGGCUCUGAAGAGACAAUAAACCUGUCCUCCAAACUUUCUGAAACAUCAGCAAAACAUUUAAGUUCAUCAUCUAACUCCUCUGAAACUGCCACAUCAUCUGAUGAAGAGAAGAGGAUGAAAAAAAUGCUGGCAGAGAAGGAAAAGACAAAAAAGGCGCAAAGUGGAAGAGUGGGCUUGCCGGAGAGGUCUCCUGCUGUACAAGACAUGGAACAAACAGUACGAUUUCGGGUUCUUGUUGACCAUGAAGUAAAGAAACUUACCCUCGACAGUGGGAUACCAGCAAAUGUGGAUCAGUUAGUUGCAGCUGUGAAGGACCAGUUUUCCAUAACCACUGAGAUUACUCUGCAGUACAAAGAUGAGGAUUUUGAUGAGUUCUUCGACCUAACCUCAACAAAAGAGUUAAAGGAUAAAGAUACACUUAGAGUAGUGUAUGCCCCUCAAAACUUGACGAUCACACUUGUUCCUGAGGAAAGUACCCCUGAUACCUCUUAUGCAGGAUCUGAUGCAUCUGAGAUCCUUUAUGCAGACAUGCAAGAUACUGUGACUCAGACACCUCUACCAUUGGAGAGGCAGAACCCAUGGCCUGCUGUGUUUCCCAUUCCAGUGUUUUCUCACAACACUGAGCUGGCUUUGAAGCAAGGCAAUGUGAUUUAUCUGAAAGAAGGCACACCAUUUUCAUCCCUGAAUGUGAAAUCUGACAUCCUGGAGCACCUUGCAGAAGCCAUGUUUUUGUACACAGCUUACCCAAAUAAUACCCAAAGGUGUGCUGUUGCACAGGCACUAGUAGAGAAGCACCCUUGUCUGAGGGAACCUGGAUCUUCAGAUGGCAUUUAUGGAUGGCAACAAAGUCUGAAAUACAAAUGCGGAAACUACCGGGUGAAACGUAAAGCACUUGGAAGCACAGAGGUCCUGGUCAACUCACUUAAACACAAGCUUGUUGAUGAGCAAGAAACUGCUAAAAAUAUCAAGAAACCAAAGAAAGCUGAACUAAAUUACUUGCCCUCACAUCCACCUGGUGAAACAGAUGGCACUCUUGAACAUCUGAGACUUGACCUAUUGGCAGCUUCCCAGAAGAGAGACUGUGCCAGGRCCAUAAAUGAAAUGAUAGCCAGGACAUACAGUUUGAGAAGGAAGGAAGUGGUGAUCCAGUCUCCAGGCAUUGCAGCAAUUAUGGAAAGAUGGCCAGCUCUUUUUGAACCAUACCAGAUAAACGAAGAGUUCCGAAGGUGCACUGGUGUUCCGCUGGAAUCAACAUUUAUGUCUCAGCUCGACAGAUAUACUCCCAGGCUUCUGGAGCUGUUCAGUGCCAAGGGAGGAGCAGUUGGUCAACKCAUUAAGGCCUUGUUGAUGGUACUAAUACAGGAUCCAAGUGUCUCUACAGCGAAGAAGAGGGAGGUAACUCUCAGAUGCCUCAUCGAGUACAUGGGAGAGUGUGGAGACGAGCUCAUCUCAUUUUACUACGGAAGAACAGAGACCCAUGUCCAUGAUGACUUGAAGAUCCACAGUAUUAGGAUCUACAUUUCCAGUGAACCUGAAGAUGUCGGCAUCAUUAUCCAAGGCAUUCCAGUGCUCACCAAACUUGGCAAUCUGGCCAAAGCUUGCAGCCUGCUCCUUGGGUUGACAUAUGCCCUUAAUCUCCAGUAUCCUUCAAAACUGGCCAAAACAUUUGAAGUAUUUCAGAGACUUUUUCUCGGACUUGACCCUUUGAGUCCAAAGCCAAGCCACAGGUUUAUGACUCUGAAAAGUAAACUUSUAACUCAAAGGCACAGUGUGUAGGAUUUUGUCAAUUCUUUUAGCCGAAAUUGAGAUAAUCACUAAUGACAAUAAUAAAAAA